AUGAACGAUACCACUGAAGAUUUGCUCAAGCUCUUCUUGCAUGGCGUGGACACCAUUGAAAACAUCCAUGCAUUCUUACAACAGUCUAUUCAAAACGGCGUUUCUCCCGAUGCUUGCUGUGCCUUGGUAUUUCCUCUCUUUCUACAUGCAAUCAAGCGCCCCGCAAACCAGCUUCAAGUGUAUGUUGAUAUCUUGGUAGACAUUCACUCUUAUUCGAGCCAGUGUGCUAUGAUGGACGACAAUAUCAUUUUUAAAGACGUAGCCGGCAUACUCCAUGAAUCCUUACAUUUGUACCAAACAGAAGGCGACUUUACAACAUUAUUCGACAACGCAUUAGGCAAGGAUCAAAUCAUGCGAGUUAUAACACUUGCAAGCACUGCUUGCUUGGAUGUGUUGAGAUCAUUCAAUGGCUCAGAGUCAGAACCUCUCUGCGACACAUUAUGGCAUCUUAUUCCCAAAUCAAUCAAUAUGCUUGUAGCAAAGGUGGAUGGACAAAAUAUUGCUGUCAUUACCAAAAUGGCAGCCAUUGCCGAGUCCUUGUUGUGCCAAAAUCUCAUCACCCCUACAGACGAUGAAGUAUCUUUCUUGCUGAACAGCAUGGUCGCUGCUACUUUUAAAUGCAUCAUGUUUGCUGAACAUGUCAACAUUGUCGCAUCUUGCGUCUCGGCAGUCUGUACAGCUGCCCCUGAUCUAAGCCUGCCAUAUACAUCAGACUUAUCAGACCUUGUAAAUUCGUUGGCGGCCUCCCUGGUCCACUCCAACAAUCACACCUUGUGCAAGGCUAUGUUUAAUGUCUCUUUCUUGCUGGCGAGAAACAAUGCUGUUACACCUUGGCUCUCUGACUUUGAUACCAUCCAAUACGACGAUCCUGAAAUUGAACUGCUCAAGGAAAACAUUGCCUCUGCUCAUGCCGCUCCUGUUGACCAAGUGGAUUUCACACAAGUUCAAGAUAUGGCAGUUGUGUAUGAUAAUUAUGAAGCCAAGGCAAGCGACAUCAUUACUAAAUUGGUCUCUAUUGAAAAUGGCUCGGAUGAGUGCUUUAUGUUACUGAACAAUCUUGAAUACCUGGCUGUCCACUCUGAUGCCAGUUCUGUCGAGUCCAUGUGCAAACCUCGUAUGAAGCAAAUCACUGAAUACGUCACUCAGCUUCUUCUCAAGGACCCUGCUAUUGCUACUGCCAUCGUCAGCCGCAUUGGCUAUGAACCCUCCGAGUUCCUCAAAAAGCACCUUCAUUUCGCAUUACCCUAUGCUGUGAUCUAUACCCAGGAUCAGGAUGCCUUGCUUGGUCUCUGCAAUGUCUUUGAUCAAUCUCCCAUUGAUUUGGUUCGACAAGGAGCCAGCGAUAUUGCCAUUGCCAUCCUCCUCGAAGAAGACUCAGACGUCCAACACGCUGGUGAAAGAAAACUGAUUGAGAUUUGUCGUGAAAGAGAUAUUUUGGAACAGCUUGUGGUAGACAAGCAAACCAGCAUGAUGACUACUAUUGCAAUGAACCUGGGUCACCCUACUCAGGGUCAAUUGUACCACAAAGCCAUGGAGACCAUUGAUCGUACCAUGAAUGGCGCAAAAUCCAAGCUCUCAGCUCUCUUGAAUGAAUUCCUCCUGGCCAUCUUUGAAGAAAUGUUCAGCUACAUUAAUCAAAUCAGAAGCCACUCUCCAGACGUGCAAUACCCUUAUGCGCUCCAGUCCUUGAAGAUCAUCAUGCAUUUACUGGAAGAAAAUAUCAACAAUCACAAUCGUCAUUUGAUGAAGAUUUUUGAGAGUGUGCUUGAGCUGCCCAACAUGCAAUUCCAAGCGCUCUCUCUGUGGAAAACCUACAUUGAACAUUUGAGCAAAGACGCUGUUCGACUCAACAUCAAUGCCAUCAUCCAAGGAUUAUGCAACCUACUUGUGGUCAGCCCCUCUUCCAUUCGUGUCCAAGUAGCCACCACGCUCCAUGACUUGCUGGUUCACAACAGAGGUCUCACCGCCGAGGAUUACGCCAAUUUCCCCGUCUUGCCCCACUUUGAGGAACUCGCUGCUGCCAAGAGCUUGGUUCAAGAGCGCCAGAAAGCCAAGGUCGAAAACGAGGUUCUCAAUAUCAUUCUGGGAUUCUCCAAGUUUGACGACGGUCUCGUACUGUCCAAUCUUCAAAAGCUGCAAAAUAUCCUUGCCAACAAUCCCUACAACCGUUGCGAGGUCGACAGACUCUACGCCCAUCUGAUCCAUCUGAUCCGCAAGUACAGCACGCAUGAAAUGAUCUCUUACUACGCUGCUAUCUGCCUUGGUUUGCUUGGUGCUAAUGAUCCCAGUGCAGUCAGAAUGAGAGCUAUUGAUGACACUGUGUUUGUCAUGCGCAACUACAAUAACGACGAAGAGAACAUGGACUUUAUCUACGAUCUGAUUAUCAAUCACAUCUUCCCGUCUUACAACACUACCAAUGAUGAGACCAGCCGCCAUUGCAUGGAAUACUCUAUCCAGACCUUGCUGCAAAUCGCUGGAUUCCGUCCACCCAAAAAAAUGAGACGCGAUGGCCUGUUGCUCGCAUACAAUCGCUGGAGAAGAUUUCCGAGAGAAGUGCAAGAGUUUCUAGCUCCUUUCCUCGAGUCUGCCUACCAAGGCGCUUGGCCUGACGUGCAUGUGGAAUACCCCAUCUUUACCAAGGCUCGUACCUUCAAGGACUGGGUGCACAAAUGGUAUAUCUGUAUGACCAACGAAGCUCGUGGUACAGCCGCACGCAUAUUCAAAGCGUGUCUCCCUAUGGUCCAAUCUGACAUGACUGACAUUGCGCUUCACUUGCUCCCUUACUUGGUUGUACACACUGUUCUGUCUGGUAUCGGCGAUGCUGGACUUUCUGUUGCUAGGGAACUCCAAAUUGUCCUGGACAUCAAUGCCAAACCCGCUGAAAACCCUGAGAAGCUUAGCAUGAACCGUUACGCACUUCAAGUGGCUGUUGCUAUUACUGGAUACUGUCGUAAAUGGCUGCACCGGGUAGGUCGUGAUGAUCUUAGCUUGACAAGCAUGGUGGACCGUAUCAACGCUUUCUUGCGCCAAAUACCUGACCGAGACAUGGGUGUUGCUGCUUUCAAUACUGGUGCCUAUCCACAGGCUAUGAUGCACUUUGACACGUACUUGAAAGAGCAUUUCGACAACAAGAUACCCAACACAGACGCCGCCAUGGUCAACUAUUUUCGUCACAUUUAUCUUGAAACAGAGCAGCUCGAGGACUAUAAGGCCUUGAUGAGCGCUUACACCGCAAUUGUAACUCGUGAUGAACAAAUCGCUCAGCAUGUGAAUCUUGGUGAAUGGGAUUACGCAGAAAUUUUGUACAAGAGCAAGAUUAACGAUAGUCCUUUGGAUUUAUCAGCUUACACUGGCUACUUGGAAUGCUUGUCCAAAUCAAACAGAUUCGGCUCUUUACUCUACGAGGUUGACAACAAACUUACCGGCUCAAUUCCAUGGCAACCGCAGAUCAACUCUUACCGUAUUGAUGCUGCCUGGCAUGUGGAAGAUUGGCCAGCCCUUGAAAGGGCCGUCAAUAAGCCAAUGGAGCGAAAUGUCCGUGCUCUUGUGGGUUGUGCACUUCAUCAGAUGAAGAAUAACUUGCCUAUUCAGCUGACGUACACAAUUGAUGAAGCAAGAGCCAACAUCACAAAGCAGAUCGCCAUGGCCACUUCGGAAUCAUACAGAAAAUGCUACCCACAGAUAUUUGAGUUGCAAAUGUUGCAGGAGCUGGAGACCUCUCAAGAGCUGUGGAGCAAGCCAGAUGCAGUCAGUCAAAUUCAAGCCAUUCAGCCUCUCUGGGACGACUCCCUCCGAAGAAUCAUGCCGCGCUCACAAUACAGAUUGAACUUGCUUGAACUUCGCAAAGCAGCACUCUUUGACAUUAGAGGUUCCAAUUUGACCAGGGCGUAUGAGGCAAAGCUUUGGCUGAACUUGUAUAGAGAGAACAGAAAACUGGGUGACAUGGUGGCAUCUCUUGAUGCAUUAAAGCACGCUGAGCACCUCUCUGGGCGUGAACUACAUUGUGAAAUGGCGAAAUGGUUCUGGAAGAAAGGUUCAGUCUCUAAAGCCGCGCGACUCCUCCUCCAUUACAACAGUCCAGAAAAGUGGGACCCACAUGACGCACUAUUGAUGUCAGAUAUCUUUUUGGAGAGACCCAGCAUUCUCAAGGAUGACAGUUGUAGAGCCAUUCUCAGAUAUGCUUUGGAAAUUGAGCCUGAAAAGCUUGAAAAAGCAUUCUACAACACUGCAACCUACUAUGUGAACCGUAAACCUCGUUCUGCACCUGCCUCGGAAGCCUUCCUGAGGCUCCAUUCAUAUGUCAUCAGAUUAUCUAUCCAGGCACUUGAACACGGCUCCAAAUAUUACUACACCACAAUGUCUCGCCUGUUCAACUAUUACUUUGAUAACGAAAAGCUGGUGAAAGAUGCCAAAAAUGAAUCUGGUACCGAGACAAACAAGAGAAUCCUCGAAUGUGCUGACAAAAUCCAUGAUUUAAUGCUCAAGGCGGUCGAGUCUAUUCGUCCCUUCCAAUUUAUCUUGUUCCUGACCAGAUUGACCUCGCAUUUGAGCACUGACAACGAAAACGUCGCUACCUGCUUGCAGAAUAUAAUCACGAUCUGCUUUGUCAACUAUCCUCUCAAUACCAUUUGGCUCUUGUUGGGUGCUUUGGACUCUGAUUCUGCUCUUGUAGCAAAAAGAAUGAAGACCAUCUUUGAUAAGGCCAAGGCACAGAGUCCUGAUAACUCAAUCACUGGAAUCAUACAACAAGCCACUGCCGUCAAAAACGCUUUUCUCGAAAUAUUGAAUACUCCCUCUGAUGCUGAUAUUAUUGAUUUGAAUGACCGUGGCCACCGCAAUCCAUUUGCCCACCUCCAGGACCUCAGUAUCUAUCUGCCCAAUGAAGCCACAAUGGUGCCUACUUUGCCUGGCCAUAUUAGACAGAACGAUAAUUCCAUCAACCCGUUCCCGAACGCUCUUCCCACUAUCAAAUUCUUUGAUAGCAAGGUGGCUGUUAUGAAAUCAAUGCAAAGGCCAAAGCGUAUCAAGAUUACGGGCUCUGAUGGUGAGGUCUAUAGCUUUUUGUUAAAGAAGGAGGACGAUUUGCGCAACGAUGCUCGUACUAUGGAGUUCUUUUACAUGAUCAACCAUUUCCUCAGAAAAAAUGCUCAAUCUCGAGACAGCGAUCUCUACAUUCGUACCUUUGCCAUCGUGCCACUGGGUAAAAGAUGGGGUUUGAUUGAGUGGAUCGAUAACCUCGCCUCGCUAAAGUCCAUUGUCAAUGGGUAUUGGGAGGCUAGUGGUAACUUGUCAGUCAAUCAAAUUGGCCAAAAGAUGAGUGCCCAAAAGUUAAGUCUCGGUAGAGAAAAGGCAAAGUAUUUCAUAGACCAUAUUCUGCCCAUAUCACCUCCAGUGUUUUAUAAGUGGUUUUUGAAACACUUUCCCGAGCCAAACCAGUGGUUAGCAAGCAGAACAAGAUAUAUCAAGACCCUUGCCGUCAUGUCUGUCGUUGGCUACAUCGUCGGCCUCGGCGAUCGUCAUGCCGACAACAUCAUGUUCGAUGUAACCAACGGCGACGCGGUCCAUGUGGACCUUAACCUAGUGUUCGGCAAGGGUUCUACUUUACCUACGCCAGAGAUUGUGCCUUUCCGUCUUACGCAUAACUUGGUUCAUGCAAUGGGUAUCCUGAAGACCAAAGGUCUCUUCACUACUACUUGCGAGACUACGCUUCUUGUCUUGUUACGCAACAAAGACUCCCUGUACAGCGUAUUUCAAACAUUGUUGAAUGAAUUGGAUGCAACAGAAGCCGCUACCCACAAGCUAUCUCUCCGUAGCACUCAAAAAGGUACUGACAAGAUCAUGGCCUCUUUGACGAACAAAUUCAAGAUUGAGCAAAACGCUGUGAAUGCCAAGAUUAAAGAGCUGAUACAAUCAGCUACGAGCAAUGAGAAACUCGGCCAAAUGUUUGCAGGAUGGGCACCCUUUGUUUGA